GAAUAGUGAUAUUAAAACAGUCUAUUCAAGUAUUUUUAGUAAUUCCAAGGUGACAAUAGAUGGAACCUGUUCAUCUAUGAAAGAAUUAAUUAAAGGAAGAAGCCUAAAAUAUUUAGAUGAAUUGGGUACUGAGGAAUAUGUAAAUUCAGAUGAUGUCUUUAAUUUUUCCAUUUUUGUAUAUACUGUCAAUGGACAACCAGAUAUUAUACAACAAGUUUAUAAGAAACAUCCAAAUUAUAUUAGCUAUAUAAUAACGUGCAAGGAAAGUGAACUUUUUGAUAAUAUUGACGACGCCAAAGAUAAUAAAAAUGUUUUCCAUACCAAUCCUAAUAUUCUAUCCCAGUUAAUGAUUGUCUUUUUAAUAUUUUUUUUCCUUUUUAUUGGAUUUUACAUUUUAAUAAAUAUCAGCACACCAAAAAUAUAUGAGGAAAAACAGUUAAUAAUAAAUAAAGAACAUUAA